GGAGGGCAAAUUCGUCGAGAGGAUGGAGGCCGACAAGCAGCAUACGAUCUCUCAAGCACAAUGAGAAUUAGCUCUUUCUUCUUCUUGGCGCUCGCCAACGCAGGCGUAGUCCUGAGCCAAGCAACUGGCGAAAACGAAACUCGUCACUCGGUCCUGCCAUACUUGUUCUCGAUACCUGGAAACGCGAUAUUCACCGUCGUCUUUGGCCUCCUUGCCAUCGCACAUUUUACCAACUUUCUCCUUUAUCGAUCUCAACGCCGAGGCAGCAACGACUCUGGCACGAAAUGGACCUUGACUCUGCCCAUCGCAGAGCUGACAAUGACUCUCGGAUUCAUUUUCCGUCUGGUUUGCCGAAGCAACCAGUACUCGAUUGGCCUCUAUGCAGUCUGCAACCUUCUCAUCCUUCUUUCGCCUGCUGCAUUCCUAGGCUUCAUUUACUUGGCCUUCUCCCGACUGCUCCGUAUCACGUCACCUCCUUCCACCGCAAAGACACCCAAUGACAAGCUGCCAAAGAGGAGGAAGAUCGGUACUUUUUUCAUCUGGUCCGACAUUGUCACCUUCUUGAUCCAGGCAUCGGGCGGCGGACUCCAAGCUUCUGCGAGCUCAAAGGCGAUUGGUGACAAACUCUUCCUCGCGGGCGUCUCGCUCCAGUGCGCCUCGUACUUUCUCUUCCUUGGCAUCACGGUCUUCUACCACGUCAAGGAGAGCAGACAGGGAACAUUGACCAGAACGACUAGGUUCUUCCUGCUUGCUAUCUACCUUGCCAGCAUCGGUGUCAUUGUACGCUCCGUCUACAGGAUCGUCGAGAUGGCUGGGGGCUACACCGGCCAUAUCUACCGCACAGAGCUUUUCCUCCUCUUCCUGGACUCGCUUCCGCUGGCUCUGGCCAACCUCGUGUGGGUCUUGGUCUGGCCACCUCGCAUCUUUGAGCAAAUUCUAGACGAGGUUAUGGAGCAGCACCAAUCCGCAAAUAGAAACGACUUCCACUUUGUAGAGGGCAGAAGCGCCUCCUCAGACCCCAAGUUUGAGGCCUGACAGAAGUCAAUGAGGUUGUGGCGGCAUGCGAAGUAUUAUACUUGAAGAUUCUUAUUUGAAUAUUAGAG